AUGACCUGGUCAACACAGACAUUUGGGCCAGAUGGACCGUGGCAAGCAGUUGAGAUCCAAGUUGGGUCUAACGAACAAGUCAUCAGCCUCUAUCCAGGAGGCAUAUUCUCAAGCCACUUUUUGUCGCCAAAAGUAUGCUCAAAUUCAACACUUGGAAACGUCUGCUACGCCCAGACGGCUGGUUUAUAUGACAAACAACUUUCUUCGUCUCAAUCCUUUGCCAACAUUCAGUUUCAAGCACAAGUGGACUACACUGGAGGCGCAUUACAAAUUGAUGGAAAAGAAGGAGAUAUCGACACAGACACUUGGCGUAUCGGUAAAUCCAUGGAGCCUCUUGUUGGGAUGGACAUGGCAUAUCACGAUUCUCUCUGGGGAAUCCUCCCUGAUGGCUCAUAUUAUCUCCUUUCUGUUGGCUCUCUAGCUCUUGGCGCACCAGGAACCAUCAAUCAGACAUUUGACUCCCAUAAUGCAACUCUUCUUCCUGGAUGGCAGUCCACUCUAGCACCAUCAAGCAAAAUUAUCGCGUCAAAUUCCUACGGCCUGCACAUUGGCUCGGCAUCCCAGAACAUUCCACCGUCUCUGUAUUUUGGCGGCUUUGACCAGAAUCGUGUCCUGGGAGAAGUUUCAACCCAGCAGGGCCCAGCAGAUAGCGUUGAUUCGAUCGACUUAUUUGACAUUAGUCUAAAUGUCAUCCAAGGAGACUCGCCAUGGGACUUCGGUAGCUUGGGUGGGGGGCUCCUUGCGUCUGGAAACUCAUCGAUAAGCAGUGCUCUACCAGUUUCGAUCAACUCUUUGGCACCGUAUCUCCACUUGCCUAGGAGUACGUGUGAUGCGAUCGCUGCAAGACUGCCACUGAAGUACCAAGAGAAGUACGGACUUUACUUCUGGGACACUGAGGACCCGAAAUACACGCAAAUCAUUUCAUCACCUUCGUGUUUGACAUUCACAUUUCGUCAAAGUCAAACUGAGAAAAACCCGACUAUCAACGUCCCAUUCAAGCUCCUGAACCUGACGCUCACCGCACCGUUAAGCACAACACCGACAUCAUACUUCCCUUGCAAAGCUGAGACCCAGACACACUACCAAUUAGGCCGAGCAUUUCUACAAGCUGCUUUUGUGGGAGGAAAUUGGAACGCAGAUAACGGAUCAGCAACAUGGUGGUUAGCACAAGCUCCUGGACCGAACUUACCAUCCCAAGCGAAUGUCAUCGCAGUCGGAGACGAGGACAGAUCCAUCAUCGGAUCGGCCGCAGAUUGGGCAUCAACAUGGAAAGGAUCAUGGAAAGCUCUCGCUUCUGAAGAAGGGACGAACGUAUCAACCACUAGCACAGGCACUGGAAGCGAUCCAGUAGGUACCGAUUCAACCGUACCGUCAAAUCCACCAUCCACCCCGAGAAAGCCAUCACAAGGACUAUCUACAGGCGCGAAAGCGGGUAUAGAAUUCGGGGCAGCGGCAGGUAUAGUCGGCAUUAUUGCAGCGAUUCUCUUUCUUUGGUGGAAGAGAUCCUGGAAGAACAAGCCAGAAACGCCAGACUACUCUGUACAAUCUUUACAGCAGCCAAUGGCGUCUCCUGGAAUGACGUCUUCGACGCCAAAUUCUCCACCACAGAUGUCUGCAGUGUCAUCGAUAACAUUGAUGAAGCCGGAGUAUAGAAACUCGGGGUUCAGGCCUGUGGAGAUUGAGGCUGGGGACGCGACGCUAGAUGCGAGGUCUGAGAUGCAUUGA